AUGGAAACAUUUUCUAUUGAAGGACUCUUGAAAAGCUUUCUAAGGGUGGGUGGAUGUAAAAUGUUGUUUCUUUCGAGAGCUCUUGAGUUUAAAUCAGGGGUCGGAAGCCGAAGCGGUAGCGGAAGCUGGAAGCUUAAAGAAGCUCAACUUUUUGAGAAGCCGAAGCGGAAGCUUGGGAGCUUUUUCAGAAUUUUGAGAAGCCGAAGCGGAAGCUGGGAAGCUUUUUCAGACCGAAGCGGAAGCUUAGAAGCUUUUUGCGAAAAAUCGUUAAGCUUCCGACCCCUGGUUUAA